UUGCCCACGAGCCAGCCGAGCGAAGACGCGAGGCUGGCAAGGCGGCAGCAUCAUAGAGCCGUGCGAAAGUACUGUGCAGGCGGAAAAAGUCUCGAGUGAUUUAGAGACAUGGAAAAGAGGUGUCGAUUGUCUUGUAACGGACCAAUCGUAGCGCGCAGAGAUUGUGACGUUAAGUCCGCAUGGUUCUUAUCGUCGAUGCUCAGCAGCUUUGGCAUUCAAUUCAUUGAGCGGAGUUGUCAUCAAGUUUGUUUUGAUUGCUUGCUCGUUGGCACUAAGCUCAGAACUCCAUUUCAGCCCACAGUUCAUAAAAACUCCUAGCAGCUGGCGUAGAAAAAGGAUGGCCGACCCUGGUAACACUAAGAAUGUUCCUAGGAAGGGACCAACGGAGCCUUUGAUGUCUCAGAGAGAACCAUCACCAGAACUAGAUGGCAAGUCUGAACCCGACGACGCACUUGUGGAUCGUGAUAAGCCCCCUCGUAUGCCCGUUAAAUGUGGUGCGGUAGAGGAAGUGAAGCUGUCACUUAUUUCCGACGAUCCCGUAGUAGCACAUUCCGCUGAAAUACCAUUGAAAUACCAUACGGACCCAUUGAGGCCGUCCACUUCGUCUCACCCUAGGGAUGAAGAUUCCAAACUGCUGGAGAAAGUUGAUGAACUUAUUGCAACAAGCUUUUGAAAAGGAACUCGAUGGUAUUCUGGAUGAAGGAAAUUUCCAUGCAAUCAAACAAAACGUUACUCCAAAAACCCUGUCAAGGUGUCAAACUAAUACCUUACUUAAAG